GAGACAGGCGCAUGGAAGUUCAGUGAACUAUAUUGGACCAAGAUGCGUGGGAUGCUAAGUUGAUAUAGAUACAAACAAAUUAAGUCUGUCUCUAAUUUUGAUAAACAUAAUAAAACGUAGUAAUUAAUAGGCUUUGGGGACGGAAUCCCUCGGGACUGAAUUCUGAUUGGACUACUGAAUAGCAUGUGGUGGCUAACGAUCUGUUGACGAUGAACCUCAUGACUUGUAACAUUCACACGGUUUUCACGGAGACAGCGAGGAGAAUAAGUUCUCUGAACUAAGUGAAGACCUCUCUCUCAAAGAAGUGUAGAACAUGCCCUUGCCAUUUGGCUUAAAGCUCAAAAGGACUCGAAGGUAUACAGUUUCAAGCAAGAGCUGUCUUGUCACUCGGAUUCAGCUGCUCAAUGGAGAGUUUGUUGAGUUUACACUUUCAGUGGAGAGCACUGGACAGGAAUGUCUGGAGGCAGUUGCCCAGAGACUCGAGUUAAGAGAGAUAACAUAUUUCAGUCUCUGGUACAUCAACAAGCAAAACCAGCAGAGAUGGAUCGACUUAGAGAAGCCACUCAAAAAGCAGCUGGACAAGUAUGGGCUGGAGCCCACCGUUUACUUUGGAGUCUUGUUUUACAUACCCAGUGUCACCCAACUGCAACAGGAGAUCACAAGAUAUCAGUAUUAUCUACAGCUGAAGAAGGAUGUUCUGGAGGGCAGGAUCUCUUGCUCACUAGAACAAGCUAUACGUUUAGCUAGCUUGGCGGUGCAAGCUGACUUUGGAGACUUCAGUCGAUACGAUUCCCAGGAGUUCCUCCAGAAGUUUGUGCUAUUCCCUAUUGACUGGAUCCAGGAUGAGCGGGUGCUGGAGGAGGCCACUCAGAAAGUGGCUCUUCUUUAUCAGUCCUUCAGGGGUUUGUCAGCCCCAGAGGCAGAGAUGUUAUACAUGCAGGAGGUGGAGAAGAUAGAAGGCUAUGGCCAAGAAAGCUAUCAAGCCAAGGACAGUACAGGCACAGAUGUGACCCUGGGAUCCUGCCUUGACGGUAUCUUUGUGAAGCACAAAAACGGAAGGCCACUUCUUUUAUUUAGGUGGAAUGAAAUUAACAACAUGAGUCACAACAGAUCCUUCUUUGCCCUGGAACUAGUCAACAGAGAGGAGAGUGUUCAGUUCCAGACAGAAGACAUGGAAACCUCCAAAUAUGUGUGCCGGAUGUGUCUGGCCAGACUCAAAUUUUAUAAGAUUAACAAGAGCAGCUUAGAGGAGUGUGACCCCCUGCCUUCUGAGGCCUCCCAGAAGACCCUUCUCACUCUAUCCUUUCCUCGCUUUCCAAUGCUCUCUCGUUCCUCUUUGCCUUCUAAUAAGGGCCAAACCCAGCCUACUGUUGUCAACCCAGUCAGACGGAGAUCCUCCACUAGAAUAUCUCUGCCAAAGCCUCAGGCCUACAUGAUGCCCCCUCCACAAAUGCACUACAAUGGCCAUUUCACAGAGCCUUACACAUCAUCACAGGACAACCUAUACAUGAACAGUCAGAAUGGUUAUUACUACCACUCCCAGACCAGCCUGGACUGCUCUCCUCUGGAAUACAGUAGCGGAGGGCGUUUACGUAAUGGCAGUGUCUACAGUGCCCACAGCACCAGCUCUUUGACCAAUCCCCAGCACUACCUUCAGCCCUCACCCAUGUCCUCCAACCCUUCUAUCACUAGUGAUAUCACCAGGCCAGACUACAUCCCCUCGCAUCGCCACAGCGCUCUAAUCCCACCUUCUUAUCGUGCCACUCCUGAUUAUGAGACGGUGAUGCAUCAGAAGAAUCUAAUAGCAGGAGGAGGGAUGGUUUUGUCUCAAGAGCAUCGGCAGAGCCACUCCAUGAGGAAUCUAAACAUAGGGAACUCAUAUGCCUACAGCAGACCAGACCCUCUAGUUUACAGCCAGCCAGAGAUCAGGGGGGAGCAUGGCAGAGCAGCCCAACACCACCACUAUCCCUUCCAUAUGGGCUCCAGCUUCCACAGCCCCUCUCCAUACCCCUACCCUACAGAGAGGAGACCUGUAGUGGGGGCGGUAAGUGUCCCAGAGCUCACUAAUGUUCAGUUACAACAAGCCCAGGAGUAUCAGGCCCCCAACAUCAUGAGAACACAAGUGUACCGACCACCUCCGCCCUACCCAUAUGCCCAUCCUCGGCCAGCAAACAGCACACCUGACCUGUCUCGUCACCUGUAUGUCAGCAGUAGCAACCCAGACCUGGUCAUCAUGCGGCGUGUGCAUCAUUCAGUCCAGACUUUCCAGGAGGACAGUCUGCCUGUUGCUCACUCUUUGCAAGAGGUGUCAGAGCCUCUUUUCAGCGGACCCUCACACAGACACCUGUACAAUGCCCAGAAGCGCAACUCCAUCGAGAUUGCUGGGUUGACUCAUAGUCUUGAAGGGAUGAGAGUCAAAGAGCGAACUGUGUCAUCUUCAGCAGCUGAAACUGCAACACCCCCUCCAGUCCUGCAAGGUGGUCGCUCUCAAGGCUCCCACCUCAAUGUGUUUUUGGAACAUACAAAGAGAGAGGACAAGGAAAACAUUGAGGAUGUACAGUAUGGACACAAAAAGUCCCUUUCAGAUGCUACCAUGUUGGUUCACAGUAGUGGUGAAGAUGAGGAGUUUGAGGAUGAUAGCGGACGGCAUACUCCACUUUCUCAAGAUGUAACUGCAGCCAUUGUUCCUGAGCAGGCACCACAACAUCACAGCUUGACAUCUCUCUCCUCUCUGACGCCUCAGCAGCAGACUCCCAUAGAACCACCUCCUGCAUAUCCCAUAGGCUCCUCUCUUGACCCCUCUAUAACCAGCUCCUUGACGUACAAGGUUCACCGACUGAUCCAUGAGAGUGAGCCUCUGUACCUGCUGCCAGGUUUACGACAGUCCAGGAUCAUGCCCUUCAUGUCAGAGGGAGACCUGAGUGGCCAGGGCAAGCACAGGCCUAAAGCAGACUUCAAGAAGAGGCCUGUGUCUGAUGUGCCUCCUGGGAAGAAAGCAGUUGAAGGUUUGCCGCCUCCGGGCAUGAAGAAAGGAGCUCGGUCAGAGGUGAGGAAGAUGGGCCCUCAGAGGGUGGCCAGGCUCAACGGCCUGACAUUGUUGAGGCAGCCGGUGCAGGACGAGGUGAAGGAUGAGCCUGAACAAGCUUCUAAUGACGAGAGGUGUAAAGCGCUGGAGCAGCACAUGGACCGGGGCGAGCUGUUAAAAGAAUACGAGAAAAUCCAAAAGCGUCCAGGAGGGGAAUACACCAUCGCUCAGCUGCCAGAGAGCUCAGACAAAAAUCGCUUCCAAGAUGUCCUGCCUUAUGACAAAAACCGAGUGGAGCUGGUUCCUACUAAAGAGAACAACACAGGAUACAUCAAUGCAUCCCAUAUUAGAUUGACAGCAGGAGGACAGGAGUGGAACUACAUCGCCACACAGGGUCCCAUGUCAAACACGUGUCAGGACUUCUGGCAGAUGGUGUGGGAGCAAGGUGUCUCCAUCAUUGCCAUGGUCACUGCUGAAGAGGAGAGUGGGCGAGAAAAGAGCUUCCGGUAUUGGCCCCGACUGGGCUCACGACACAACACGGUGACAUAUGGCCGCUUCAAAAUCACCACACGGUUCCGCACCGAGUCUGGCUGCUACGCCACCACAGGACUGAAGAUCAAACACCUCCUGACGGGACAAGAGCGGACUGUCUGGCACCUGCAGUACACAGACUGGCCUGACCAUGGCUGUCCUGAGGACUUCAAAGGUUUCCUCACUUACCUGGAGGAGAUCCAGUCUGUGAGGAGACACACAAACAGCAUCAGUGACCCAAAGAACACCAACCUACCUGUGCUGGUCCACUGCAGUGCUGGUGUGGGACGGACUGGAGUGGUCAUCCUGUCUGAGAUCAUGAUAGCCUGUCUAGAGCACAAUGAGCCACUGGACGUCCCAGAGGUCCUAAUGAAUCUGCGUGAUCAGAGGAUGCUGAUGGUCCAGACUCUGUCUCAAUACAACUUCAUCUACAAGGUUCUCAUCCAAUACCUCCGAAACUCACGGUUGAUCUGAGCACAGGCAUACACUGUCAUCACGUAUGACACGUAGUUGGAGGGAGGGGUUAGCUCCAGGUUUAUGCCCGACUGCACUAUACUGUAGGGAUGCAGCUUUAAAUCUGUCUAAACAUAGCGGUUGGUAUGUGGUGGAUCUGGUUUUGGCCAAAUCAGGCACAGCUGACUGAAAAAUAUGUGCCAGUAGAAGCACAUGAUGGAACAUGAAGGAGUAUAUGACUUAUGACCUGCCUCUAAACAGUAUUAUAUAUAUAUUUUUCUUUUUUUUUUAACAUGCAUUGUUUAAUAAAGCCAAGCACUUUCCUAGUAAUUUGCUGUACAUAAUGAAUCAGUGUUAAGCCACAUUAAAAAAACUUUUAUAUGUGCAUCAAAACCAGUUGAUCUACUCUUAAAUGGGUGUCUAGGAUUGCUGUUAUUGGUUCUGAUAGUUAAGAACUUUCUAUGGUAAUGAUGUAAACAAAAGCUCAGUAAUACUUUAUGAAGGUUUGAAUAUGGAGCUGAGAGUGCAGACAGAUUUAAUGUUAUCAUUUGGUCUUCUGUGGCACAGACAGGGACUUUAACUUGAGUAUUUAUAGAUUUACAUUCAGUUAAAAAAGGCUAAUGUGCCAUAAAAACUGAUCCAGAUCUAUGAUUUGUCCCUAAUUUCCACCAGAUCCAGCUGCAUUGCAUUCAGUCUGUGACGCAAUCGCUGGAGCUGACCACUGCCAUUCUAGUCAGUGGUUGUUCCCACCAGGUCCGACUGCAUUCAAUCUCCAAUACGUCCUACAUGUGCCUCUAUGGUACACUUCACUUAAGAUACGUGUCGAGUCUAUUUUUGACAGAUGCCACAUCUGACAAAGUUCAACCCACCAAUCAUAUAGCGCUUUCUCCGAAAGAUAUCUAUGUGAAACAUAGGCUAAGAAUUGAUUAGCCUUUCAGGAUUAUUGUAUUGCUAACAACUGAAACACAGCCACAAAUCUUUGAUCCAUUUCCAUAAAUAAUAGUUAAUUUAACUGUUAUCUGUUGUCCUUCUCUGCAGGCUACAGCACAAGUAGGAAAUAAGAACAAUAAACAAAACAGACAGAAAAGAAACCAUUACAAAGCCUGCUUACUGUAGAAGCUCAAAAACCAGGAAAUAUAGUCUACACACCAAACAAGCCGCUUCGCAGGUGAACCUGGUGGGGGAUGAAGCCGUACAGAGGAUCGAUCAGAACCACGUGCAGACAAAAUGCAAUGCAGCCAGAUCUGGUGGAAAUGAGGCAUUUAGUAUGGGCAAAUUUGAUCAAGGAUGCCAUGCAGGUUUAUUGAGGUGUAUGCAUCUUAAACAGUCACUCUUUUCUGUAUUUUUGAAAAAUCCUUUCUACCUGGCAAACACCUAACACAGAGGGGUGGCAGAUGAUAUAUCGGUCCUGGUAAAACACUGGAUUGAUUGGAAGUAGAUAUGCUUGACAGUGAAAAUGGAAAUGUAAUUUUAUAUUUGAACUUAGUGCUAUUUUGAGCAAGAACAAUACAGUUUAUUUUUAAGAUCUAUGAAUACUGAUGUUUGAUUUCAUUUAUUCUUUCAAGCAUGUAAAGA